AUGGAGGUGAUGGAAGACGAAGCGCAAAUGGCUGAAUGGGAGGCUCGUUAUGGUAGCGGGGCACAUGAACAAGCAGAAACUCAAGGAGGUCAACCUUUGCAGGACGAAACGCAACAGAAGCACGACGGGCUUGUGGAGCUAGAUCUAACGGGAGGAGAAGCGCUGCAAAGCGACAUGAAUCAAGCUCAUGAGAACGAGAGCUCGCAAAAGCCUGCCGAAAUAUCCGUGGACACCCCUGAUGAAGACAGAACAUCUCCCACCCACGACGAGUCGCUCAGCAAAUCUCCAAGCACCCCGAUAGCCAAGAAUGUUCCACCUUCAGAUGAGAUCGCAACUUUCCUCUCGCCAGAUCCAAAUGAGUCAUAG